AUGUCUCUCCACACUACCAAUCUCGAUGGAAUCUUGCCUCUUCUUGCGAGAGGAAAAGUAAGAGACAUUUACGAAGUCGAUGCCAACACUCUUCUUUUCGUGGCCACAGACCGUAUUUCCGCUUACGAUGUUAUCAUGUCCAACGGAAUCCCCGGCAAAGGAAAGAUUCUUACCAAGUUGUCGGAGUUUUGGUUUGACUUUUUGUCCUCGGAGGUGCCCAACCACUUGUUGUUGAAGCCUGAGGAGGAUCUUUUCAGCCAUUUGCCUGCUGAAUUGUCUCAACCCAAGUACAAGGAGCAAUUGGAAGGCAGAUCUCUAUUAGUGAAGAAGAUGAAGUUGAUUCCUUUGGAAGUCAUUGUCAGAGGAUACAUCACGGGCUCUGCUUGGAAAGAGUACAAAAAAUCUAACACUGUCCAUGGCAUGAAGGUCGAGCAGCAAAACUUGCAAGAAUCUGAGGAAUUUGCUACACCUAUUUUCACGCCAUCAACCAAAGCCGAGCAGGGUGAACACGAUGAAAACAUUUCGCCCGAGCAAGCUGCUGAAAUUGUCGGCAAAGAGUUGUGUGACAAGGUUGCAGCCAUUGCAAUCAGAUUGUACUCGAAGGCUAAGGAAUACGCUAAAACUAGAGGCAUCAUCAUUGCAGACACAAAGUUCGAGUUUGGUUUGGAUGCCAAUGACAACGUUGUCUUGGUGGAUGAAGUCUUGACACCCGACUCUUCUAGAUUCUGGAACGCAUCCACUUAUGAGGUGGGAAGAGGUCAGGAUUCCUACGACAAGCAGUUCUUGAGGGACUGGUUGACUUCCAACAACUUGAACGGGAAGGACGGUGUCGCAAUGGACGAGUCCAUUGUGGUCCAGACCAAGAACAAGUAUGUGGAAGCUUUUGAGGCUUUGACCGGACAGAAAUGGACCGAAUAG